AAUUAGCAUGUCGGCUGAGAUUCGUUAGGCAAAAAUUUAGUUGUUGUACGCUCUGCCUGUGGCUCACAUGGGACUUCUGUUUUCAAUUUCUACAACUUGCUGUUGGCGUUACCCUCCAGUUUUCAAUAUGGAUCAAGGAACGCGUCAUACAAGAUUCCAGGAUCGAAUCCAGCCAAUAAGAGAGCGCGUGGAGCCACGAAACCCAUACUGAACCCAAAUGCCUCCACUACAAAAGACAUCCACAAAAAAGAGACAUCUGAAAGGAGUGGUGUAGGCUGUUCAGUUAAAAUAUUAUAACUCUCUUCACAGAAACAAACGCGCAAGCAGACCAAAUGGCAUGGGCUCUGCUCUCCCCUCUCCCACCUUCUCUAACAGCUUAUGCCGCCAAAAUGAAGAACACAAACUACAGAAGAAGAGCAACUACAAUUAUACUAAACACCACAAACAGUGAAGGCGGCAAAAACAAAGGUAAAGAUGAUGCCCCAGCAUUUAAUCCUUUUGGUUUUGUCACAGAUAAUCCUUCCAGCCGUAGUGCCAUCCAGCUCCCUGAGAGCCCUGCGGAGGACGGCAAUGUUGGCCAAAUGCUUUAUAGGAUCGAGGACAAGGGAAAGGAAUAUGGUUCAUAUGUAAAAUCCGGGAAGUUUACGUGGUUUGUUAGAGAAACUGGAUCACCUGAGAGCCAAAAGGGAACAAUUGUCUUUCUACAUGGUGCUCCUACUCAAUCUUAUAGCUAUCGAGUUGUCAUGUCACAGAUGUCAGAUUAUGGGUUCCACUGCUUUGCACCUGACUGGAUAGGGUUUGGUUUCAGUGACAAGCCACAGCCAGGAUAUGGUUUUGAUUAUACAGAGAAGGAGUUCCACGAGGCACUUGAUGCAUUACUUGAAGUUCUGGACAUUAAAUCUCCAUUCUUUCUUGUUGUUCAGGGUUUUCUUGUAGGUUCAUAUGGAUUGACAUGGGCCCUGAAAAACAAGAGCAAGAUAUCAAGGAUUGCAAUUUUGAAUAGUCCACUGACAGUUUCAUCUCCCGUCCCUCGGCUAUUUCAACAGCUAAGAAUUCCUUUCUAUGGAGAAUUUACCUCCCAAAAUGCUAUUAUGGCUGAACGCUUUAUUGAAGCAGGUAGCCCUUAUGUCCUGAAGACAGAAAAGGCUGACGUUUACCGGUUACCAUAUUUGGCAAGCAGUGGACCAGGAUUUGCUCUCCUCGAGGCUGCAAGAAAGAUUAAUUUCAGAGAUAUUUCAAGCCAAAUAGCCGAUGGCUUUGCAACUGAAAGAUGGGAUAAACCAAUACUUCUUGCUUGGGGAAUAGUAGACAAAUAUUUGCCUCAAUCUGUUGCAGAAGAGUUUCAGAAACGAAAUCCUGAUAUUGUUAAGCUGAAGUUGAUAGAAGGUGCUGGCCAUAUGCCACAGGAAGACUGGCCUGAGAAAGUUGUGGAUGCUCUGAGAUUAUUCUUUUAAAUUCAGCACAUGAAUUAACAAUGUGAUUAUGUAGCUGCGCAACCGUUAAUUUUCAGUUGCAGUUCUAUUUGGCUGAGAUCAUACACAAGGAGACUCUGAGCAGCAAUCCGACCACAGCAAAGAUGACCAUGAAAAUCGAGAGAAAUUGAGAGAAAAUACCUUAAUUACAUUUUCUUUUUCUUUGAGAAUGCAUGUCUGUAACUGUACUGCAACUAUUUUGGACAUCUGAGAGACAGCAGAAAUACCCUAGGUCUCAAAAUUCAGUACUCGAGUAAAUUGCAACUGAAGAGAGGCAGAUACAGAAGCCCUAAACUCUACUAGACUAGUUACCAGAUGCUGCAGCUGCAUUUGUAUUUUGGGAUCACUAGCCGACACUAACAUAUUGGAACUGGCAUGAUUGCCGAGUAGUUUUAUAAAUCAUUGAUUUCACCUGUUCUGUAAUUAAUGGCACAGCCAUGAACCCCGCUGAAAUUAAAUUUAACUGGGAUACUUCUGGCUUGCGGCUUUCGCAUGAUG